CGACUGUCGCUUUUAGUUUCCCGCCGAGGGUCGGCUGUUUUCAGGAGGGAAAUGCAGGCAAAUGUGGACUCCGACUGCGACAUCUCCGAGGACGAAGAUUUUGAUUCAAUUGAAGGAACUACGGAGGAAAAGGUUUGAAGAAGUUCAGCUCAAUUUGAGACUGGAAAAGCUCAAAGGAAUCAGAGGCAAAGAGAAACCUAAAUUUACGUUUCAUUCACAGAGGAGAGAACUAUCAUGCUCUGUUAUUCGUGAGGAUAGACUCUGCUCAGCUCCCAUAUCCAAGGUUCAUAAUUUAUCUGACACCUUUGAUGCCGUUAUAUCAAGAUCUGAGAAGUAUCCAGUUGCAGAAUGUGUUGAAGAUUUUGUGGAAGAAUUUGAAGACCAAUCUGACGUAGGACCUGCAGAGAAGUUUGGAAAUACUGAAAUUUCAAUUUCCGAGCUUUUAGAUGGCCUUAAAGAUAAGAAUGACCCGCUGGGUUGUCGUCCUGGAUGGCGUAGCCAAGUUGGAGGGAAAAUGAUCCCAAUUGUUGAGAAGAAAGCUCUUGUUGCACUUGGAGAUAGAAAUGCUGACAGUGAAGACUCCCGUACUUCCGUGGACGCGGAAUCAUCAAGUGACCAUGGGGUCAAUGCUCAAAAGUUGAAGCUUGCUGGCCCAUGUACAAAGGAGCAAUCGAUAACUGAUAGAUUUGAGGAAGCUUUAGUUGCUGCAUGCAUGGACGCUGAAAGAACUCUUAGCUUGGUGCCAAAUCCAUUAGGAAUCGGCUUAUAUGGAAAGUUGCAGCGAGUCGUGCAGAGCGAAAAAGAAAGAGAGACGAAUUUCUUGAAUGGGUUACAUUGUAGCACAACUCCAAAUGGCUGCAUCGAUGUAAAAGUCCUAUCAAGAUACUUGGAUGCAAAGUUAACAGUAUGCUCUUGCCUCUUUAUAGAUGUCGAGCGCUUGGCGUUGCGAAAUGGCGACAAAGCCAUUGCAACUGAAGGUGAGAAAAGGACCGUUAUUUUCAGCCCAAGAGUUUGCAGCAAUGUUGAACUUGAAGUUGGGAACUUGAUUCGUAUCAUUCCCCCAUGGAAGGAAGUUACAGUGGACCAUGCUCACAACAUUAUCUUGUCAACCUAUUUCUCCCAACUCACUUGAGAUCUCCUUGUGAAGAACAAUGUAAGCAUUUUGUUUAUAACAUGAAGCCUUCAUUCAACAGAAUAUGAAAGCUUCACACUUUUUAAACCUGAAAUAUUUG